AGCAGAAGCCGCGCGUGGUGCAAGUGUGUUGGUGCGACGCACAUACAGCCAGAUAAAUAAGCGUAUGUACAAAGCACUGUGUAGGUGCAUGGUCUGUAUAUAAGAAAAAAGGCCAAAUUAGCGCAGUUACCAAAAAAGUGAAAUCUAUAAUAUUGUGCAUGCGAGUGGUAAAUUAAAAAAAAGAAAAAAUAAAACAACUCAACAGCAACACAUCAUCAGCAGAGGCAGCAGCGCCAGCCGAUUAACGGAUUUCCACUCUUUUUUUUCACUCUGCACACGGUUACUCAAAAUACAGAAUCACGACGACGCGACGAGCGAAAAUGGCCAAAAUGGAGGUCGACGACGUGGUCGACUUGAGCCUGAGCUCGGGCCGUGACCCGGCGUUGACCAUAACGCCGGCACCGACUCCCUCACCGGCGGCGCUCAGCAAUCGGGACUUGCGAGCCUUAACGGCCAACAAUGCCGGUUUAACCAUAACACCGGCACCCUCGGGUGCUCCCACAAAUAAUGGAACCACUAGCAACAAUAGUAAUAGUACCACCAGCAGUAGCACCACCACCACCAACAACAACAACAACAGCUCCAGCAAUUCAUCCAGCAGCAAUACAAAUAGCAACAAUGCCAGUGAAAGUGCACCAGGAGGGGGAGGAGGAGGAUCUGGUGGUGGUAGUGCCAGUGGUGGCGGGGAUGAGAACAAGGUGCAGAGGCGAGUCCUGAGGCCCAGAACCGAACCCAAGUCCUAUGCCGAGGCACCGGAUAUUGUCCUGCUGCCGGCGAGAACCAAUGGACGGCAGCAGAACGGGAACAUUGACUCGGAGACAGAUGACGAGGAGAUGCCGCCGUAUGUGCCCAUCAAGGAGCUGAGCCACGCGGAGCUGAAGGAGCGGGAGAAGAGCCUGCGCAAGUUGCGGCAGGAUCUGCGCAACGAGGAGACCAAGCUGAUGCUGCUGAAGAAGCUCAAGCAGUCGCAGCAGGUGAUGAAGGAGAAUCUGGUGGUCACACCGACCAGUGUCUCGCCCAACAACCCGCUGGCCGCCAUACCCGCCGCCCUCACCUCCAAGGGUUCGCUCAGUGUGACGCCGACGUCGGCGGUGCCACUGCCGGCCCACACCAAGGGCAGUCGAAGUAGCCUCGGUAGUGGAGGAGCUGCUGUGAGCAUCAGCGCCACCAAUAGUCGAACGGGCAGCUCGAGCUCCACGGCGGCAGCUGCCUCGGCCAUUGCUGCGGCAGCGGCGGCUUUGAGCGGCCAGCAACGUGGCAGCAACUCCAUCCUGCAGCCACCGCCGCGCAACUCGCUGCCAGCGGGUGCCACAUUGGCUGCCGGCACUACCAUUACGCCCGCCACCUCUGCCUCGCAUCGGUCGAGCGCUUUGCCGCCACGGACCAACCUGCCGAAUCUCACCAUCACACCGUCGGUGACCAUCACGCCCACCUCGGCGCCGCCCUCCAGUCUGAAAGCACGCAAUCCUAAUCUUUCGGAUAAUUCAAAGGUACCUGGGACCAUUAGCAAUUCCGUAUCCAUCACACCGGCCCCGCCACUGUCCCAAACGCAUCAGAAUCAUCUAAACGAUCUUAAGAAUGAUCGAUCCACGCCAAGAGAAGAUGCCCAGACACCUGCCCAGAGACAGGCGGCAGCUAAGAUGGCACUCCGCAAGCAGCUGGAAAAGACGCUACUCCAGAUCCCCCCACCAAAGCCACCACCGCCAGAGAUGCACUUUAUACCCAAUCCCAGCAACACGGACUUUGUCUACUUGUUGGGUCUGGAGACCGUGGUGGACUAUCUGACGGUCAACAAAAAGGCCAACAAUGUGGCGGCUCCAUUUAGAUGUGCCCAGUGCAAGAUUGACUUUACACCAGUUUGGAAAUGGGAGAAGCAGACCAACAAGGAUCCCAAGGUGAUCUGCGAGCAGUGCGUCACCUCGAAUGUGAAGAAGGCUUUGAAGGCGGAGCACACCAAUCGACUGAAACAGGCGUUUGUGAAGGCCCUGCAGCAGGAGCAGGAGAUUGAGCAGCGACUGGCCAGCCAGAGUAGUCCUUCGCCAGUGGAUAACCAUGGUUCGAGCAACAACUCGCUAUCGGUAUCCGCUGUGACCAGCAACAACUCCUCGUCGUCGUCAUCGGCGCACUUGCAACGGGAACGGGAACAGCUGCAGGCUAGCCACGCUUCGGCGGCGGCCGCUCUGGUCAACCUGCCGCCUUCGGUGACGGUGAUACCCACCAAAUGCCAGACGCCAACGCCAGCCCCGCCGCGUCCCACACCACCGCCGCCCCAAAGUCAGCCCACACCGCCGCCAUCGAGUACGCCGCGAUCGUCACGGGCGGCGGCCACUGCUGCUGCUGCCGCUAUUGCCGCCCAGCAGGCGGGCAUCUUGAGUCCUGGACCGACAGCGGCGCAUCAUCACGAAGCUGCCACAUCGUCGAGAUCCUCCCGCAACGAUCGUCACGAUCAUCAUCACCAAUCCCAGCAGCAGCAGCAGCGGGAUCAGCGGGAACGGGAGCAGCAACGUGACCAGCAGGCGCAACAGCAGCAGCAACAGGCCCAGAGCUAUGACAAGUACUCGGCGGCCACGCUGGCGGCGGCUGCUCAUCUGAGUGCCCUGGGCGGCAUGGGUGGCCUGAACCUCAAUAGCCUGGCCAGUCUGGGCAAUCUCGGUAAUCUGGGCAACCUCAGCCAGCUGGGUAAUCUGGCUGCCCUCGGCGGUUUGGGUAACUUUGGUGGGGGGUCGUCGGCUUCCAAUAAUCCUGCAGCGGCAUUGGGCAACUCCUCGCCAGCUGCCACGGCGGCGGCUAUGCAGGCCUUCCAGCAACAGCUCUUCCGAGCACUAGGACAAGGUCUGGGAGCCAAUCCCCAGCACAUGAUGCAGUUUGCCCCACUUUUGUACUCGUAUCAGGUGGCCAUGGCGCAGGCGGCACAAGUGGCAGCCUUUAAUAACAACAACAAGAAGAGCAGUUCAUCCUCGGGAUCGGGCAAGAACUCGAGCAGCGCCAACAGCAUGGCGGAAGUGCAACGUGCGGCGGAGCUGCAGCGCCAGUAUUUGCUGGAAAUGAUACCACCCCAGCAGCAGAGCGGAGCCAGCGGCAGUCGCCAGAACAACUGGAAGGCCUAAAAGGUCGUCUAAAAAUAAAAAAAAUUAAAAUUACAAUUUUAUAAAAAAAAAACCAGAACUAAUUUUAUGGUUUAAUUGAUUAGAUAAUUUUAUAAUUUAGUGAAAAAACAAAUAAGAAACAUCUAAGAAUUAUACACUUAAACAAUUAAUUAUACUAUUUGUAAACAAAAUAAUUAUAGAGGGAAGAAGCCAACAAAAAAAAAACAAAACCAAUUUAAAUAUAAUUGUUAGUAGU